AGAAAAGUAUUCCCGCCCAAACUUUUGCUCGAAAGGCCGAUGGUUCCUUGGUAGAAGCUAAUGGAUCUUUCUACAUACGUUGUCCAGAAACUUACCCAACCAGAGUCGAGAAGGAGAAGAAGCAGUCGGAUUCAGGAAGCGGUUUCUAUAGCCACGACAAUGAUGGGUCAGAUGCUCAUGGUUUCCAAUGACAAUGGAAUAUACAAAAAAAAGUUGUUUCUGAAAGAUAAAACUAUCUACAUGCAUAUCCUAAAAGAGAGACAUCAGGAUGCAGUUAUUGUUUCAACAUCUCUACUUCACAAUCUUAUAUGGCAUUAAACUGAACAUUAUGUCCAAUGGAGUAGAAUUCAAUGUGUAGGAUUUGGGAUUUGUUUAUGAGCAUAUGAAGAGUAAUUAAUGAGCACAGAGAAUUAUUUGUUAUAAUAUUUCGAAGUGCUUAGUGUUUUACAAUCUCAUUCAACUAUUUUCAUUUAUUGAUUUCUAUUGUUGCAUUCGACUUGUGCAAGCAUCUUGAUUGGAGAAAUUAAUCAUAAUAGCCGUGGAUGCAACAUUUCGGAAUGAAUACAUGCAUUCAGG